AUGGGCGCGGUAACCCUGCAGUCGGCGCUGGGAAACCCCACGCUGCAGCAGCAAAGAUGGGAAGAACCUUCGUUUGGAAAUAAUGCAACUCCAAAAACAACCCCCCUUAACCGUUUCAUUUCCUUCCAGGCCAGCAAGUUGACACAAGAACAGAUCACAGAGUACAAAGGAGUUUUUGAGAUGUUUGAUGAGGAGGGAAAUGGCGAAGUGAAGACACAGGAGCUGGAGAGACUAAUGAGUUUAAUGGGAAUCAAUCCUACCAAGAGGGAGCUCAGCCAGAUGGCCAAAGACGUGGACAAAAAUGGUAAAGGGAUAUUUAACUGUGAGAGCUUCCUGGGUCUAAUGGCACUGUACCACGAAAGAACCAAGAACCAGGAUGCUGAGCUCAGAGCCGCUUUUAAGGUGUUUGAUAAAGAGGCUAAGGGAUAUAUUGACUGGAACACACUCAAGUACGUACUGAUGAAUGCAGGCGAACCCCUUAAUGAGAUCGAGGCCGAGCAGAUGAUGAAAGAGGCAGAUAGAGAUGGAGAUGGAACUAUUGAUUAUGAAGAAUUUGUGGCAAUGAUGACUGGGGACUUGUUCAAAAUGAGCUAAAGACUCCAUGAAGAAAAAUGCUCUCACUUGAAACUAUGUUUAUAUUCUGCUGCUGUUACAAGCAUAGUGUGUUAACCUGAGAUCUGUCCAAACAUGUCUUUGCAAUUUCUGAAUUAUUGUGUAAAUCUUUCACAUUAAUAAAAAAAAACUUGACAAGUAAA